AGGACCACAUUCUUGAUAUUCUAUUGAGGUGCUCUUGACGUCCCGGCGGCCUUCCUAUGAAGCCUUUGCACAUAUUUCCUUUCUUUUUGUACACUAUGAGUAAAAAGAUUCCCUGUUGACGAAGUUGAUCUUCACGCUUUUUCUCAUCCCUUUAUUUCUGCCUACCCCAUGUAGUUUCGAAUACCUCUUCUACUGAUUAUCUAAGUGCUUCCUUUCAUAGAAGUGCAGGUCUCGUCUUCUACUCGCACCUAAAUUAUAGAAGUCGUCGGAAAAUUGAAAUUCUUCACGACGACCACGGACCACGACCACGACCAGCGCCCUGUUGACUGCAAGUACACUUGAACGCGGGAGGACGAUCUUCACGAGGACCCUGUCUAGCGCGACUUGCGUAGAAGUUGUGCGCAAGACGACGAAAAGAUGGUGGAUGCGCGCAUCAGUGGUGAAGACCACUACACGUAUUCGCGGUCCCGCAUGGACCGCUCGGACAUGCUCCACCUGGAGGACGACGACCUGAUUGUUCCCCCGCCGCUGGCCUACGUCGAGGACGUAAUCGAGCAGAAAGCGAGGAAAUCGCUGAAGGAAAAGGCCAAGAUCGGGAAGUCGCGGAUGGUAAAAUUUGUGAAUGACCACGUCCCGAUUACCAAGUGGCUCCCCGACUACGACUGCGGAAAAAAACUGCAGGGCGACAUUGUGGGCGGCGUGAUUGUGGGGCUCAUUCUGAUCUGCCAGACCAUGGCCCACGCCGCGAUCGCGACCACCGUCACGGUGCAGGGGCCCUACUGCGCCCUCGGCCCGGCCAUCAUGUACGCGAUCUUUGGCACUAGUCCCCACGCCUCCAUCUCCUCCGGUGCGGUGGCUGCUGUGAUGAUCGCUGACCAGCUGUCCAAGUACGGGGACAUCGAGGUGCGAACCCGGGUCGCGAGCUACUUGGCCUUGACCACCGGGCUGCUGAUUUUCAUUUUCGGGGUGACGAAACUGACGUUUCUGGUCCGGUUCUUAUCCCAGCCGACCCUGUCGGGCUUCAUUUCCGGCGCGAGCCUGAUCAUUGCAGCCACGCAGAGCAAGCAACUCACGGGGCUGGACAAACAUUUGUACAACGCGAAAGGCGUGGUGCCAAUUUUGACAGGCACCUUUGCGAACAUAACGGCGGUGAACUGGGCGGCGGUGGCAAUAGGGCUCUGUGUCAUGGCCGUCUUGCACAAAUCGAAAGCGGUAUUAUAGUUGGGUUCAAUUCUAAUUGUAAUUUCAUGUGAUUUUUCUAUGUUGUUGACAUCAAGAAGAACUAGGGCAACUUCCUGGGAAUGAUUCAAAUUUCGCGACUCCAGGGUGUGAAUGAGAAAUUUGUACUUUGCUUUUAAGAUUUUGUACGGCAUGAUCAUCUUCUGCAGAUCCGGCAUUUCUUCAAAUUUUUUUUUGAUCACUAUCCUUAACAGCUGAAGGCCUCGUUAAAGAAGCGGGAAGAGACCUGGGCAAAAAUUUUGCUGCAGUCUCUGGAUUUCAAGGAGCUCUUUGUCGUACUGUUUUUCGGCGGCUUGGUGUAUUCCCUCCGCACCCCGGGCGCGGUCAACGACAGCCAAGAAACGGGGUUGGUCGUGAACGUGGUCGGCCCGGUGCCGCAAGGCGUGCCCGGCUUCACGCCGCCCUGGGAGUACGUGCCGGAUUCCGUCACGUUUGUUUCCCUGCUCCCCGGCUCCCUGCUCAUCGCGCUGACCUCGUUCAUCACCACUUUCAGCUCCUCCCGCCGGGUCGCCCUGCAACAGGGGUACAGUAUCAAGGCAAGCCAGGAAGCCAUCGCCCUGGGGAUCGCGGGGAUCACGGGCGGAUUUUUCCAGUCGUUUCCGGUGUCCGGUUCCCUCUCCCGUGCCGCGUUGUUGCCGAUGUUGGGCAUCAAUUCGCAGAUCGGCGGGCUGGUCGCCACCUGCGUCGUUGCCAGCGGCCUGAUCUUAUGCAUUGCAAAAGUAUCGUAAUCGUAUAAAUGCAAUACAAAUUUCCUCAGCAUGAGAAAUAAAAUUUGUCAUGCGGAUUUACCUUUUGAAAAAAAUUUGUAAUGCAGGAAUGCAAUUACUACGAGUACGAUACUUUUGCACAGGAUAGAUCUUCUUCUCGUCCGCCAUUUUCUGGAUUCCCAAGUGUGUGCUGUAUCCUGAGCAAAAAGACGUCCUCAUCCGAUAGUCAAGAUGGGAAAUCUGCUAGACAAAUCAGCCACCUUUGGUUCUUGCGCAUGACAAGUCUUGCCUUGUAGUGUAAUCCAGUUUAGCUUGUUCAGCAGCAUCACAGACCUAGCCUAUUGUGCUGAUUGGAGCAUUACAAAUUCCAAAACGCGAAUAGAAAGCCACGCUUGUCAUGGGGCUCUGCAUGAGAAACAUUUUCAGCAUGCAGAUUUGCAUGACAGUUAUGGGGUUGCGACGUUUUCCCAUAGGAUAUGCUGUCCGGCAUUAUCAUCCUCGCGUGCACGAAUCUCCAGGACUUCCCCUACCUCUUCUGGCUGAUAAAAACGUCGAAAAUUCAGGAGAAAACCAAGGAACAAGUGGAGCAGGUGGUCCGGAGGAUAAGCAGUCGGGAACCCAGCCCGCCGUCCUCCAGCUUGAAGGACGGCCUUGGGUCUCCUGCCCGCGCGUCCGCUUCUGGCAGGGCAGGCUCUUCGCCGAACUUGCCGGUGAUGGUAGAAAUGCCCGGGGCACUUCUGCCGGAUAGCUCGCCAGGUGAGCAGCUUGAAAUGAAUACAAUUUGGAUGGAUAUAUGAUCAUCACACAAGAGUCAUGCUGCUUUAGUGUGCGGCCGACUGUGCUGGCUGUGACGAGUCAGUUUUGCUUUCGUUUAUACCUUCAUUUGUUCUGCUCCAAUUUUGAUAAAUUACUGAUUUCAAUACCUAUACCACAGCAAACGAGGACACAAGCAACCCGGCCCGCAACACCAACAAUGCGCUCUCUCCGACGGCAAACGUUGCUGAUUUGAAGCAGCCCCUGCUAUUAAACAUGAACAUCCCGGCUUCGCAAAGCGUCAACACCUUGACCGCAGGACUCUCCCCGCGGUCGUCUCCCUUGAGUGUGUCCAAAUCGCGUUCUGGUAUCCGGAGAAUAUUGUCCUCGGAAAACGUCGGAACCAACGGCGGUCUGAACAAGAAUCUAGGGUCUCUUGGCGAGCUCACGCAGGGCGGGGUGGACGCAGACUUUGCGGAAAUGGCCACCGAAUUCGCCGAGGCCAGGAUAAAGCAGGUUCCCUCGUUCCAGCGGUCGGCCUUGCUUUCCCCAUCGAAAGAGCGAAAGGAGGGCAGCGGCACAAACCAAUCCAUAGUACAACAAUCGGGAGGUGGAGGGGAUGUGCAGCGCGGCAGCACGAGCGACUACACAAUAAAUAUACCAAAGCUACCAACCACGGCGGUGGUGGGAUUCUACCGGGAUAUUUUGGUACAGUAGUAAACUAGUACUCAUCUUUAAAUUUUUUGAAUGUACUUAAUUCUACUAGCAGCGUUUUUUUUCCUGGUUUGGUCGUGUGCUGCAUAAUUUCGGUUUGGUACAGAUACGACUAGAAAGAACACAAUAAUCUGUUGCUGAGGACACGAACGACAAGGAAAAAUAAAUGCUCAGCGCCGAUGAAAUGAAUCUCAACCUAAAAGAAACUUUUCGUCCGCAGGUCUGGGUCCUGGCUUGUGGUGGCACCAUUCUGUUGGGCGUAUCAAAAGGAAAAAUCCCCCCUCCCCAUAUCGAAAGGGUAUGUUUCCGAAAAUUUGUGUUGCUGAUUUGAGGCCACAAAUCAUGUUUGUCUUGCAAGAAGACAAGGGCAGAAGCUUCCGCCCCAUCAUGGAAGCGAUUUGUCAUGCUGUUGGGCCUAAAGGUCAGCCGUUUGCAAUGCUGACCAACUAGAUCCAUACGCCCCGCCCUAGCCUGGGGAUCUGGCCGCAAUGCCUUCCUGCAAUACAAAUCUGAUUUGUGUACGCAAAUCCAGCAUCACAGACUUCCUUUGUGAUAUGGGGUGGGGGGAUUUUUCCUUUUCAUAGGGUGUGUUGCAGGGUGUGGCGCUCUCCGUCGCGCUGAGUCUCUUCAUUAUGAUCAGCGACGUGGUCUUUCCUAUGGAUUGCAAAUAUGUCUGGGUCUGGAAGAGUGUAAACUUGUCAUGCAAGGUUUCCAUGACCCAUGAAGUUGAAGUCAAAGUCUGGAAUGCGAAACCUAGCAUGGCAGACUCUGUGAGGUCUCUGUGGUCAUGCCUAUCCUGCAUCAGAAACUCUCUCCCAAUUUGGUCGAAAGUGGACAGCUUUUGGCACUCAUGCAACACAGAUUUUUGCAUGAUUCGGAUUCGCAUGACAAGUUGCAUCCAUCCAGACCCAGACAUAUUUGCAUUCCAUAUUUCCCCGCGUGUCGCAAAUGGGCAAACUGGACGAGCACUCGUCUCUGUAUGACGUGCAGCGGGGGCGAAAACUGGAGAUUACCGUGCACCAAUUCGAGGGUGUGGUGAUUUUUUCCUUCGGCGCGUCCAUAUCAAAUACAAAAGCAUCGCACUCGUACUAAUCGCAGAUCUACAUGACAAAUCUGAUUCCCAAGGGAAAUCAGCAUGACAAAUUCCAUUUCAUGCUCAGGAAAUUUGUCAUGCGAUUUAUACUAGAAGUACGAUGCAGCUUUUGCAAUGCAUAGUCCAUGUUCUUCGCAAAUAUCGAGUUUAUUCGGGAGGAAGUGGAGAAAAUGCUGCAACGGGAAAAGCAGUGGAGAGAAAUCAAGGUCAUCGUCACCGUUUGGAGCCAGGUAGAAGGAGAGAGUUCAUUUUUAUUGUUGCAUAUACCGCCAGCACCUCUUGGUCUUGCUCUUGGUCGUUGUGGUCUAUCGCCUUGGCGUCGAGCUCCUGUUUCAUGGGAUGUUUCUCUUUUACUUUCUUGCAUCACUCAGUGAAGAUACGCAGUGGUUGUGAUGCGCCGGAUUUAUCUCUGUUAUUGUGUCGAUUCAUAUUGUAAGUAUUUGUUCUCAUUCACAUUCGAUCACUCGUUCCCCUACAAAGGUUAACUCCAUCGACGCGACGGCUUUGAAGGAGCUGAAGGAGCUGUUCGAGGCGUGGAAAAAGCGGGGACUGAGCAUAAUGGCCGCGGACGCUACCGGCGAGGUAUUGGACGUGUUAGAGGAGCACUUUGGGAAGUUUUUUGACCAACCGAAGGUGCUACUGAACGUCGAGGAGUGUCUGUUUCAAGCAAGAUUCCGCGUACACCCCGGGGCACUGCAGAACAACCCGUAAGAAUGAAUAAGUCAGGACUGGUACAACGUCGUGGCUGAAAGGGUGCUGUCUUGAAGAACAAAUAUCGUGCUACUUUUACUGUAACAAGAACCACUUCUGUGUAUGAUGAAAAAUAAAGUCCUGAUAGAGGGGGCGCCGUCCUGCGCUUAGACUGCUGAAUCUUCAGGGCGAGACUUCUUUUACGGGCUUACUCAUUAGGGCUUCAGAUCUUCAGGCAUGAUGCGCAGUAGAAUCAAUAAGUGGUGCCGCUGUUUGAUGUGGUUUGUGCUUCUCUUGAGAUGGAUUUUCAUUCUCAACCACGAUACUUUUGCAGUGGCGCUGCAGUAUAAAAAUGCCGGGAUGUUUAUUUUACUAGUAAAAGACCUAGACUGACCAUGUUUAUUGUACAAUAUACAGUUUCCUUUUCAAUUGAAGUUGAGAAUAAAUGUACCAUAGGUCCCAUCUCCUUUGGUUAUGGCAGUUGCGUCGAAAAUUAACCUGUCCACUUGACAAUUAGGAGUUGAUUAAAUGUACUUUAGCUACUGCAGCCUCCAGGUGCAGAGCAGGCGUAGCAGAUGAUCUCUGCUCCGGGGCGAGCAGCUUUCGCUGCUGCAGAAAAUUGUAUCUAGCGUUUGUGGUUGAUAUUGAAAAUAACAUUUGUUUCGAACGGAACAGCACGACUGGGGCUGUCUGUGGUACACUAUUUGAAAACGGAAACGGCGGUAGGACUGUACUGAGAAUAGUACUCGCGGCGUGGCGGUCACGCUUUCAUUGCGUCAAAUUAGAAUUUUUCAAAAAAAAAUGUUAGCACAAGCUACUGCUCCUGUUGUUUCACCGCGAUGAGGGCUGCUGCGGAUCCAAAUUACUGGUUUUUUCAUUCAAUGAUGUUCGGGCCACACAUUGAGUAAGCCCUCGGCUAGUUGUUUUUGGAGUAGAAGGGUCUACUUUAGAACAAGCAAUAAAG